AUGGCCAGCGUUGACUUCACCCCUAUUGGCAAAAGGAGGCCAAAUACCAAGUUCCAGGUUAUUCGAAACAAUAAUGUGAAUGAAAAGUUACCCGCGAGCAGAAGUUUGCUUCACGCGUUAAAAGACUCGACAAAUAUCAAUCAUGAUGUAGGUGACCUGAGUUUUGAUUACACAGCACAAGAAUGGGAGGAUGAUUUAAAGAGACAAACGCCAGUGAGACCGUACAAGAGAGACCAGAGGCAAGAGAGGACACCUAGACAAGAGACUGUAUUUGAAAAUAUUGGACUAGGAGUGAACCAGCUGGAGGAAACAAUCCGCCAACUAGAAGCUGAAGCGCUUGCUUGGAAAACCAAGUACAGAGAACUUUUCAUGGCGAUGGAGCAAAUGGGAGGUGACAGUACUAUGAUUGACACCAAUAUGGAGCUUAGAAAUGAAUUGAAGCAGAUGGAAGAUAAAUUGAGACAAGCAGAGAGAAACAACCUGAAUGAGGAAUAUCGUCACGAGAUCGAGCACAAGGAUAGAAUGAUACGCAAAUUAAUCGAAGAUAUGGAAAGGUUGGAGAAGAAAUUGGAAUCACAAGACGAUGCGGAUAAUGAGUUGAGACUUGAAUGUCGUGAAUUACGUGAAAAACUUGGCCAGUAUGAAGAAAAAUUGAAAGAGUACGAGGAUAUAUCUAAGCUUGAGAGUUCAGAGAAACAUAACCAAUUGCAAAAGAACAAGGAACAAAUCACCAAGUUAAAGGACAUAAUCAGAGAAAAUGAACAAAUCCACUUGUCAGAGUUAGCUGACUUGAAAUCUUUGCUCGAAAGUACCGCGUCAAAGUUGGAAGCGGCCGAAAGAGAGGUGAAGAAAUUGAGAGAAUCGGCUGCUGACACUUCUCGGGUGAGCAAACAUUUCAAUAGUGACAUAGAGGAACUAAGUCACACUAAUCGGGAGCUCAGAAAGCAGCUUGAUAAUCAGAUAAGGAAGCUGAAACAGUUGCAAGAUGACGUGGAAUCGCUUGUUGGAACUAAACAGGAUUUGUUGCAUCGGGUUGAACACGAAAAAAAGAGGUCAAUGGAGCUUGUUGACGAUAUGCGUCAUGACAAUAAAAUAUUGGUUGACAAGCUAGACCAAGAAAAAGAGAGAGUGAACGACCUUGUCGAUGAACUUCGUACUGCUCAAAAAGCUCUUGAACAUGGAAAGGAAACGCGGAAAGAGUUGGAGGCAUUACUAAAGGAAGCAGUUUCCGAAAAGUCUGGAAGCACAAGGUCAAAUGACGGAAAAAUGAAUGAGUUGAAAUCGGAAAAUGCCCAAUUGAAGGCAAAGAUCAAGGAGCUAGUAUCUCAUUGCAAAGACUUGGAAGAGGAGACUGAAUCACUUCGAACUGCAUUGAAGAAUAAAGAAAAGACAGAACUUGCGCUAAAGUCGCACGCUCAAACACUUGAGGACGACUACGUUCAUCUAGUCAGGGAUCACGACAAGGUAGUUUUCGAAAAUGAGGCGCUACAAAGAGAAGUUGAAAAGAUGAAACGCGAUCUUGAACAGUGCUUUCAUGAGAUGAGUAAUUUCGAAAACCUGAGCAAAUCUGAGGCUGAAAAACGUGUUUCCCAAUUGCUCUCAAACGAACAAGAACUUAAGAAGGAGAUUGCAUCUUUGUCAGCGUUGGCGAUCCAGAUGGAAGAUGAAUUGAAACUAUCAAGAGAGGAAGAACAAGACAACAGGGAACUCCUUGAUGACAACAGAGAGCUAGUGAGAAAACUCAGAGAGAUGCAGAGAAUUCUCGAGGAUUUAGGAAUCUCCAGUAAAGAAGACCUUGAAAUCUUUGAAUCCAAUGUGAGAGAUAAAAUUGUGAACAUGAAGAAGGACUUGAAGCACAGCGAUUCGCUUGUGAAAGCGUUGGAGAAUGAGCUUCGGUUGUCACACGACGAAAUCGGAUUCUUACAAGAUAAAAUCAGCGAGAAAGAGGACCAACUCAAGUCAGCAGAGCACUUGUUGAAGAGGGAUAGGAAAGAACAAGACUCCGGUUUACAAGAGUACCUAGAAUUUCAACUCGAAAAGACACGGGAAGAUUUGAAUCAAGUAACGGGACAACUCAAAAGUAUCAAAUUGGAUCAUGACUCAGAAAUUGGAAGAAUGCAAACGUCUCAUGAUGAAAAAGUAAAAGAGCUAAAGGAACAGAUACGUGAAUGCAAGUCACAAUUGGGCGAGUACAAGUCACAAUUGAGCGACACCAACAAGAAUUACAGACUCCUCACGGACAAGUUAUUGGCGUACAAAACUACACUCAGAUCAGCCGAGGAUAUAGAGCGGGUUAACUUUUAUCGUGACUCAUGGGAAUAUUUCAAACAAAGAUACAGGGAUGCUUCCCUCAAAGGCAAGGAUUACAAAUUCAUGUACGACUUUGCUAUUGACCAGAUCAAAAAUAGCCGGUUCAAACUCAAUGAUGGCUCGAAGUUGGCAGCAGUUGGGUUAUAUCCAGAGUACGUUGGCGGGUCCACGAAACCAAAAGUCACUCUCAAAGGCGUGGCGACACUUGUUCUAGCAACUGUCAGAAUGAAAAGGCGGUCCAAAUAUGAGAAAAACAGAUUUGAGCAGUUGAACAAGACUAGAAAGGAGUUGGAGUAUGGAAGGAAGAAGUUUAAGGAGAUUGAAAAGACGUAUGUAGCUGCUGGUGUAAAAGUAUUGUGA